CAUAAAUAGAUUGUGUAGCGAAUAUACAAACAAGCUGUAGUAUAAUUAAAAAAUGAUGACACAAUGGUUAUCAAAUUUCAUAUUGGCCGGUACUAUUCGAUUUUUAUUGAUGAAUUCUGAAUAUCAAAAAAUGAUCAGCAAUUGUGUAGAAGUUUCUACUGCAUUAAAUUCUUGGAAAAGAGUAACGGAAGGAGUAUAUUUGUACAAUUUUGGUAUUGAUCCUUAUACAGGAGAUUUAUUUCAUGAAACACCCAUUGGAUUAUAUGUUUUUAAUUUUGUACAACAACAUUUCUCACAAUGGAUACUAUUUUGUUUAUUUAUAUUUACUGAUUUAUUAACAGCAUUAUUUCUUGGACUUACAGCAGAACAAUAUGCAACCGAAUUGGUUUCUAAAAAAAAAGAAGAGGAAAAAUCAUAUAAUGAAACUACAGGAACUGAUAAUGAUACUUCCAUAAUAUAUACUUCUAUGAUGUAUGUCUCAGCAGGAUAUUUAUUUAAUCCAUAUAUAGUACUUAAUUGUGUUGGACAUACAACAACAGUAUUUACAAAUUUGUUGUAUUCCAUAGCAUUGGUUUCAAUGACAAAAUGUUCUAUAUUUUGGAGUUGUUUAUCAAUUGCUUUAUUAACAUUACAAGGACUUUAUCCUGUUUCACUUUUAGUACCAGCAAUUAUUUAUAUUGCGCGUUCUAAUAAUAUAAAACGAAAAAGCAAUAUUGUGAAGUUUAUUAUAAUAUUUAUAAGCAUGUUGACAGCUCUAUUUUGUAUUUCUUAUUACAUUAUGGGAAGUUGGUCAUUUAUUUGGAGCACAAUUGGCUUUAUUUUGACAGUUCCUGAUUUACGUCCAAACGUUGGACUUUAUUGGUACUUUUUUACAGAAGUAUUUGAGCAUUUUAGAUGGCUUUUCAUUGCUUCUUUUCAAAUAAAUGUCAGUUUAUUAUAUAUAGUACCAUUAGCAUUGAGAUUACGACAUGAUCCAAUGCUAUUAGCAUUUUCUUAUUUAGCAAUUACUGCCAUAUUUAAAUCUUACCCUUGCAUUGGAGAUGUUGGAUUUUAUAUGUCUCUUUUACCACUCUGGAAACAUUUAUUCCAAUAUACACAACAAGGAUUUAUUGUAGGCUGUUUUAUGCUAUUUUGUACAAUUUUUGCACCCACUGUUUGGUAUCAAUGGAUUUAUUCCAGAUCAGCUAAUGCAAACUUUUAUUUUGGGGUCACAUUAGCAUUUGCUAUAGCACAAAUUUUUUUACUAACAGAUAUCCUUUUUUCAACUGUAAAACAUGAUUUUGCUGUACGUCAUGGUAUUAAUAAGGAUAUUAGUGGAACUACUGCAAAGCUACUUUUAGAAUAA